AAUUUGAGCACGAAUCGAACGACUGGACAACUGUUGAGCCAAAAAUUGUGAAAUUCAAUCAUGUCUGGACAAUCGACAACUUUUUCGAUGCGUGGCAAUUGAAGGAGAACUGGGAAUCUAUGGAUUUUCCCAUCGGGGAGCAUGAGAAUGAAUUCAAAUGGCGUUUGAAGUUGGCACUCAUCAGGAAGGGGGAUAAUGUAUCUGAUUAUUUCCAGCUGUCCGUGCACCAGGUUGAACGAUUGUAUUUUCGUGGAAAGGCUAAAAUCACCUGUGCCAUAAUGAAUCACGAGGAAACGCAACAAAGGAAGUUGUGCAAUUUAGGCAGCGAUAAGACAGUUUGCUUUGAACCGUUCAUAUAUUGCAGCAAACUCUUCAAUGCUGAUAAUAAUUAUUUACCACACGACAAGUUAACAAUCUCUUGCCAAGUCCGCUUGAUUACGGACGCUGCGUGUACGUGCGGCAAAAUGAAUCCGAUCAAAGUGCCGGAUACCAAGGUAGCUGAAGACUUUGGCAAACUGUUCGACAAUGAGCAGUACAGUGAUGUUAGGGUUUCAUCAAAUGGCCAUGAGAUUUAUGCACAUAAGAAUAUAUUAUCAGCUCGCAGUCAGUUCUUUGAGGCGAUGUUCCAAACGGAUCAGCACUCACAGAAUCGCGUGAUGCUUGACGAUGUGGAUCCUCAGGUUCUGAACGACUUAUUGCGUUUUAUUUACACCGAUCAGGCGCCCAAUCUGGAUAAUCUAGCCAAGCAACUGCUCCAGGCGGCUGAAAAAUUCAAACUGCCCAAAUUGAAAGCAUUAUGUGAGAAAUCGCUGUUCAAACAGCUUUGCAUUGAUAAUGCAGCUGAAACGCUUAUCUUAGCCGAUCAACUCAAUGCACUUCAGCUGAAAGCGCGUGCCAUUGAAUAUAUAAACAGGAAUAUGGAUAAGGUAAAAGGGACAGAAGGCUGGCAUAAUUUGGCUCGAAACAAUAAUCAAUUGGUAAACGAUCAUUUUGUAAUCGUUGGUAAUUAUUCAAAUAAGGCAAAUUAUAGUAAAUAUUCUUGCGAAAAAUGUGGAUGA